AUGCGUGGCCUCAGCAUUGAACAAUCUCAGCAGGCUCAGGGGACUUCUGGAUCGCAAAGGCCACCAGACACCCAGCAGCAAAACGCCCCUACACCUCCACCCAACGCCCAGCCAUCAUCUGCCGCCAACAAAGAUAAUCCGUCUCCCCCCCAGCAGUGA